UGUUAUGUGAUAACUAAUGCGAUGCGAUGCGAUGCCCGAAGAUAAAGAGGCGGAACGGCACCCUUUUGCGGACCUCGCUUUUGCCUGCUGAGAGACACUCGAAUCGCACCCGCUUUCGAUAGAGGGAAGCGUGGGAGGUAGGAGGAGAGGAAGAUGGGCGGGAUCGUCGAGGGCGGCAGGCUUUGUUUUCUCUUCCUCGCGGUAGUCGCGGUCGACGCCGCUUUCGCCCAGUGCUUUAACAAAGAUACUCCCUUUGUGAGGAAUAUAAGUAAUAUGCCUCAAAGUAACUUUGGGAGAGGAGGUUUGUCACACAUCACCGUUGCAGGUGCUCUUGCACAUGGAAUGAAAGAGAUUGAAGUUUGGCUACAAACAGUGCCGGCAGGCACUAGCACGCCAAUUCAUCGCCACGCUUGUGAAGAAACCUUUGUGAUCCUAAAAGGGAAGGGUACUGUUUUACUGGGGUCAAGUUCACUCAAGUACCCAGGGACUCCUGCCAAGUUCCCAAUUUAUCCAAAUAGCACAUUUUCUAUCCCUGUGGAUGAUCCUCACCAGGUUUGGAAUACUGAUGAGAAUGAGGACUUGCAGUUUCUUGUUGCUAUAUCUCGUCCGCCAAUCAAAGUGUUUAUGUACGACGAUUGGGACAUGCCCCAUACAGCAGCCAAGUUGAAAUUCCCAUUCUUCUGGGAUGAAGAGUGCUUUCAUGCAAAGGAUGAGUUGUGAUGUCCUUAAUCUGCGACCGAGCAAUAUAUCGCAUUUGGCCUUCGCGUAGAGAAUUUUCUCAUGUGAACUAGAAUUUGUAAAACUUAACAUUAAUAAACAGUUGUCUAAAUGUGAUGGCUGAUCAAGUCUGAACUUUUACCCCUCUGCAUGUAAUAAACUUUGGUUCAUCUUUAUGGAUGGAAAUGAAGCCCAUUUAUUAACAAAGAGCCAAGGUUUUGUUGUUAA